GUCGCCGCUUUCAAUCACUCCAAGCACCAUCAAACCAAUUUUGACAAUGUCUUCCCUUCCCUUUAGCGCUCCGCCCUGGCCCGUCCCCGCGUCAGCAAAUCUUACCCCAUCCACUAUUUCCGUUCCUGAGAGUGAGAUUGAGCGGCUCAAGACACUUCUCAAGCUAUCGCCCAUUCCGAAUGCGAAUAUUUGGAACUCACGUGAGGAUGGCGCUUUUGGUCUUCCCAGAGAUACUUUGACGGAGUUGGUUGAGUAUUGGGCGAAUGGUUAUGAUUGGAAGAAAUGGGAGGCUACUCUCAAUUCCAUCCCGCAGUUCGACAUCACUGUUACCGAUGACGAUUCGAAAGAUUACAAGAUCAGUUUCUUGGCUUUGUUCUCUAAGGACCCUGAUGCGGUCCCCAUCUUGUUCCUUCAUAGCUGGCCAGGUUCUGUUGUUGAAUACCUCCCCAUCCUUCAGAAACUCAAAUCUGAGUACGAUUCUGAGUCUCUUCCCUAUCACAUCAUCGUUCCUCACCAUAUCGGCUUCGGUUUCUCUGAUGCACCGCCUCUCGAUAAGCCAUUCACCCAUAUCGACAAUGCCCGUCUUAUGUCCAAGAUGAUGCAUUCCCUGGGCUUUGACAAGACGGGCUACAUGACCCAGGGAGGCGAUCUCGGCGGCUGGACCGCACCUGUCAUUGCAAAUAUUGAUCCCGCAUGCAAGCUCGUUCAUAUGAGUAUGCUCAACAUCUCGCCACCACCCGGCGAGAACGUCGAAGAGGGCAUCAAGGCUGGCAAUUAUACCCCCGAUGAAAUGGCAGCGUUCGGCAGAAUGGCAGACUUUCAAAAGAAAGAAACAGCUUUCAUCCAACUCGACGGCACAAAGCCAGCUACAGCAGGCUACAUCUUCGGUAGCAACCCUAUCGCCCUCCUCGCCUGGAUCGGCGAUAAAAUGCACCGCUGGUCGGACGAAACACCCUCCAAAGACCUCAUCCUAACAAACAUAGCGCUCUACUGGUUCACGGGCUGUUACCCUACCUCUAUCUAUCUUCACCUCACAGUUCUCGAAGACCAUGAGCUCAUGAUGAAUGCCUGGAAGAGUCUCAAGGUACCGCUUGGGCACUCGGCGUUUAAGAAGGAACUUGUUACGGCGCCGGAGAGAUGGAUUCGGGAGACGGAGCAGGUGAAGUGGUAUAGAAUGCAUGACAAGGGUGGACACUUUGCUGCGCUUGAGGAGCCGGAUGCUCUUUGGAGGGACGUGGAGGAUUUCAUUGGGGCGUUUUGGGAAAAGUGAAGCGAUUCCAGUCAUGAUGCUGCGCUUCUGAUGGGAACAGGUUGCGACAAAUGCCGAGGAAAGGUUAGGUCAAUUUUGGGUAGGUUUAGUAUUCCGUCAGACUAGUUAUUUCACAUCUUACGAUCAGGUCAUAUGCCAUCCGCGGUCUUGAGGCAAUAGACAAAUACUGGUAUACGAGGAUGCACCAUCCCUAGUCCCCAUAGCACUCCCAGC